GCAUUAUGUUAUCAGAACCGCGCAAAAAGGCACGUUACUCUACAAACCCGAAUGGCAAUCUAUGGGUCAAUGACACUGCUGGCUUUGGCAGACAGAUGUUAGAACGUCUGGGUUGGACUCCGGGCUCAGGGCUUGGCAAGAAAGAAGACGGCAUAUCCAGACCAUUGAAGGUAUUUCCUCAUUCACUUACCCAUCAAACAGACCGUUCUUUCCAGCCUCAAGGACAGAAAGGCCGAGAAGGUUUAGGAAAGAAGCUAGACUAUCAGUUGGGCGGGAGCAAACAACUAGACGAUUACGCCCAGCUGUUGAAAGAACUGAACUCAUCUUACGAAUCGAAGAAGCGAUCAAAUUCUUCAACUAGCUUAGAAGACUUGUCCAAAUCUAGUAGCAACAGACUACAUUAUCCCAAAUUCGUGCGUGCUAAAGACGCAUCGAGGUACGAUGAAAAGUCAUUGGCAAUUAUUCUUGGACUGAAACCAGCAGAAUCAAAACAACAUUCAACUCCAGAACCAACAGAACCUCCAAAGGAUUUCGGUGUCAAGACUGUUAGCAGUUCAUUAUCAAUCAACGAUUAUUUUAAGAAACGGCGGGCCGAGUUGCAGGAGUCUCGUUUGCAGACGAACAAUAAAUCUACUUUACACAACCCAGAUCUGCAAAAUGAGACAGGAACUUCCGGAAAACGGAGAAGAAGCGAGUUAGAACAAAAUCCUUCACCAAAGAAUCCCAGAAGCGAAUGCUCUGUUUCUUGGGACGCGCACAACCGUGAAUCCAGUGUGGGCACUCCAUCGGGCGAAAUAGAUUCUGCGCAAAUUCUCUUACCUGCUGAUUGCAACGAAACGAUCACCACCAGACGUACCAAAAAUGUGCCGACAAAAA